GGGGCAUUGCAUCAGUUGUUUUGAUUUUUCGAUGUCAACAGAAGAAAUAACUGCCAAAACCGGUCAUCUAUUAAGUUAAACACGGGCGUUCUGCGCUCAGAAACAUUGUGACAGGAGCCAUGAGUAUCUAUGACCUGAGCGACCCCCUCCUCCUCCAGAUCUUCCAGUUCCUGGACCACCGAGACGUCUGCCUCGCCUUACGCCAGACAUGUCAGCAGUGGUACCGCCUCAGCUACGACUUCACACUCUGGCAGCGUCUACGCUUCUCAGGCUUUUCCCAGCUCCGGAACGAACACUUCCUGCCUCUACUACGCUACUACGGAGACAGUAUACAGGAGAUUGACAUUAGUGGGUGCAAAGGAAUAGACGCUCUCGGGUUCAACGCCAUCUCAGAACACUGUAAGAGUUUGAGGAAGCUGAACUUAUCCGACACCUACAUUGCAGGAGAAGCCUUUUUGAAGAUUUGCGAGGAGUGCCCCAAAAUCAAGGAGUUGAACAUUUUCGACUGCCAGUUCAUAUCGUACAAAGUGCUUUCCUCUAUACCAACAUGUUUGCAAGGAUUGAGAAAGCUUAGCAUGUUAAACAGGUUAGAUCCACUACAGUAUGUACUGAAUAGAAGUUCCGUCAUCUCUGUGUACCAGUCUCUAAUCAAGAACUGUAAGGAGCUUGUUGAGCUUGACUGCAAGGCCUCGGACUUUGUUGAAGAUGACAUUUUCAGUGACGGAAUAGCCAAUCUCCACAGCCUGAACCUUUCCCACUGUACAGGGGUGUCAGACGAUGGGAUCCAGUCUAUAGCAGUCAGCUGCAGUGCUCUACGUCACCUCAACAUCUCACACACGUACAUCAGUAACAGGGGAAUGGAAGUCAUAUCACGUUGUUGCAAAUAUCUGACGCAUCUGGAUGUAAGCGACUGUCGUAAUGUCACGGACAUCGGCGUGUGCAUGGUAGCGCACAACUGCCACGAGCUCCGCCAUCUUGACGUCCACGGGGAGUCGUGGAUGGCGCUACGACCUCACAGCACGGGAAACAUCACCGACGUGACGUUGAAGGUCCUCGCCUCAUGGUGUCCGAGCUUGGAGUACCUGGACACCACGGGAUGUUGGGGGGUUACAGACGACGGCGUACGUGCGAUUACCACGGCCUGUAAGAACCUGCAGCACCUGGAAGUACGCGGAUGUCUAUCCAUCAGCGACCAAUCACUGCUCAGCCUUGCCGACAACUCCCGAGAGCUGCGAUCCCUCAACAUAUCAGAGUGCGUGAAAGUUACAUCUGCAGGUUUGAACCUUCUGGUGACGAAAUGUACCAAGCUGCAGUUCCUGAAAGCAGAAACCUGCCAUUAUCUUGCCAACCUGAGGUUCAGCUGCCAGGUGCAGCAUUCCGUUGGGUGCAGCUGCUCACAGCUGCCUGCUAAAGAUGUCCGUGGGUCUUCCUUCACAGGCCAGAUAUUCCCUAAGACUCUGGAGAGGCACUUCCAGUGUAUAGAUGAAGCAGGCACUUCUUCAGGUGGCUUCCAAGCCCUGUGUCGACCUCAGGUGGAGAAGUGUAAGAUCACGCCCUGUGUGUUGAGUCACUUGGACCUGUCCUUCUGCUCCAACAUAGCUGAUGACGCCAUCCAGCAGGUGGCAUCUUUCUGCCAGCAGCUGAAGCACCUGUCACUCAUGGGCUGUUACCUGGUAACUGACAAAGGGAUUGGUCACAUUGCUAAGCACUGCAAGCUACUGGAGCAUCUGAACCUAUCGUGCAGCCGUACACAACGGUCCAAGCUAACUGACCAGACACUGUCAGAGCUGGCAGGGUUGUGUCACUCUCUGAAACACCUCAAUCUCUACAACGGGGUCUGCUUCUCGGAGAAGGGCAUCGGUCAGCUGAUGAACAGGUGCUGGUCACUCAGGGAGCUGUGCUUGACCACCGGCACUCGGACAAAACUGGACGCAGAAGUCAUUUGUCGGGCCAUCAUGUCAGCACGAGGAGACUGUAUCGGUAAGAUUCAGGCAGAGAUGGACUGUCAGCAGCGAUGGCCCCUGCUGCCAGCCUCGCCUCGUGUCGCCACCAUGGAACGUAACAUCCUCUUCAAGUUUCCCAGGAAGAGCAGCAUGUGAUGGGCGCAUUUAAGGCCGCAUAAUUUUAUUUCUUUGGUUCUCUGGCAUUUUAA